CAUGUGCCCCUCAUGUUGCGGUCUUCAUAAGCUCAGAAUUUCUACUCACUCAAGACAAUUUUGCCACUGCUAUCAAACUGAAGGUGCCAUCCACAUUACUAAUGCAGUCUGAAGCAUUUGUCAAGCUGGCUCUGUUUUCGGCAGAAAACCUUUUGGUACUCUUGGAGUCAGGAAAACUUCUCACAUUUAAUGGAACAGCACAAACGUGGGGCAGUCCAUUGGGAUUACCACAUUUGGGGUUAACUGGUCUGGCAUCACACAAGAUAUGUUUUGAAGGUGCAAAUAGGGAGAUCAUAAAGAACUUAGUUCUUGGAUGGUCAAAUGAGAGUGUUAGUGGUAGUUGGAUUUACCUCUCAAAAGACAGUGGCAUUUCCUUUCAGCAACUUCAGUUUCCUACACAGAACUUCUCUGUGAUAUCUGUGUUGCAUGUUGAACUGCACUGUUACUUUCCUGCUGUAACUUUCCUCGUAAAUACCACAAGUUAUCAAAACCAGGAGAAGACAGUGUUCAUGCAGUAUGACUUUAUGGAGGAUGCCUGGAUACAAGAGGAACUUACACUUUCUGGUUUUAUUCAAGACCCUCCAACAUAUUUUUCAUUUAUUCCCCCAAGUACAAACUAUUUGAUUGCUUGGAGUAGGAAAUUUCUUGCCUUUGGAAGACUGAAUGAAACAGGAAGUGUUUUUGUGGUAAAGAGACAAGGAAAUCUCACUGUCUUUGUUCUUGAUGUCAAUGAAACUAUUGUGUCUUUGAUAACAGGUGGACAUGGUGAUUUUGCUGUGCAGUUGUCAAACAAAAGGUUAUUUUAUGGAAGAGCAUUUGUUGAGCAUGUGGUUGAGAUUUUUCCAGGAGAAGACCCAUCUUCAAAUUUAACAGUGAUGUUUGAUAUGUUCAGUUCUUUACUGCUGAUUACAAACAAAGGGGACAAGGUUACAACAAGAAAGCUGCCACUGGCAAAUGAAGUAUUGAAUGCUGUAUUCCCAAAAAAAUCAUGUCCAUAUUUGAAAUUCACCACCAGUAUCAAUCCAGAGUUGUAUUUCAUGGACAAGGGAGAUGAAACAAAGGUGUGGGCAGCUCUUAUUUAUCCCAGGACGGAACCCAACGACAUCAAGCUGGAAAUCUCCAGUGUUGAUGUCCUCCAAAUCACUAGUGAAGAUAAAGUUGAAAAUCAUAAAGGACUUGUGAUACUGAAUAAGACAUUCACAUUUAAAUACAACUACAGGAAUGGAACUUCCAUGCAAAAAAGUCUGUCCAUUGAUCCUAGCUCCUACAAAUCAACUGCAAUUGCUGUUCAGCUUUUUCCAAAAGUUGGAGAAUUGUCCUGUGAAAAUAGUCUCCAGGUGCUACAUAUUCAUGUUGGGUGUCCGCCCCACAAGAGUAUUGUGAUCAGGAACUGUACUUCAUCAACUGGUGUGGAACCUGUGCCACUGUUAUCUAUGGAUUAUGGCCAAAAUCUGUGCCGUUUGUAUGCUGCCAUUUAUGGAAAUAUCAAGCUAGUGGUGGAUCUAUAUGAAGGUGACAAGUUCGUGGAAGAAGUGCACACUGAUUAUAUUGUAUGGGAAGAAACAGGCAGAACAGACUAUGGAUACACUGCAACUAUGAGUGAGGCCAGGUGUUUAUCCGAAGCUCAGACAUUGAGAAAACUUGCAGAAAAUACCUCCAAAGGUUUCAACCGUAUUGGGACUCAAAAUAAAUAUCAGAGCUGUUUUGAAGCAAGUAACGAUGGCAAGACAUUUGACGAAAGUCAACCGUAUGAAAUUCUAAACUCCACAGGAGUCUCUCAGCUGGUGUUUCAAGGUUCAGGAAACUUUCACUUCCAACUCAGGGUUGUUGGAAACCACUUGAGUUUCUGUGAGCUGACCACAUGGUUCUCAGUACAAGUAACAGAGAGGGAAGGAAAAGAUUUCUUAUCACAGAUUGUGUCUGUUGCUGUGGUGACCCUCAUUAGCACAGUGCUCCUUUACCUAAGCUUUGCAAAGUAUACCAAACAGACACUGGACAGACAUCAGGAGGACCAACAAGAACAGCAACGACUGAUGGAACUCAAGUAA